CUGACUCAAACGUGAGGCCGAAACGAGCCCUGAUGACUGCAUUGGAGCAACACAAUUUUCGCAGUCCUAUUUCUAUUUUCUCUAGAGUUUUCCUAAUAACCAUCUCCACGAUUGUGUUCUACAUCUUUUCUGCUGUGCCGGGUUCUCUCUCUCUAAAGCCUUCCAAAUUAAACGAUGAAUGCCAAUAGAGGCAUGUUAUCUCUAAUAAAUUCUCCUGUUCACAUCAGGGCCUCAUUUUUUCACUCCUCUCCUAUCCUCGAACGCAGAAGACGCACCUAUUGGGAUUCUGGUGGAAGGAAGAAUAUUAAGGGGCCAUCAAGGAGGUUUAACUACGAGAACAAAAGGUUUAGGAAAUUCAAUUCAAAACAAACAUUACUGCGAAAUGUUGGUGCAAUCGCGGAUGACCUUUUUCAGAUCUUGCAUCACGAUUUUGAUGAUUAUGAUUCUUCUUCAAGCCAAGGUUGGGAGUGGUUUCAACAAGAUUUUCGGUCUAAUGUGUCCAGUGCUCGCAGAUCUAGGAACAAAGGAUACCAUAAAUGGAGAGGGUUUCAUUUUGUUGAAGAUUUGGACUUCGAAGUAGAUAGUAUUUUCCGCACUGGAUUAGGUGGUAAGGAUUACUAUAGAUGGUCAUUUGUAAAUGAAGAUGUACGAGAUAGGCAUUCAUCACGUCACUCUAACAUUCACGGGAAUUCAAAGUGGAGGUUUAGAUUUAAAGAUGAGUAUGGGUAUGAUGAUAAAUCAACAGAAUGUGACACCCAUGAAUCAGGUUUGGUUUCAGAGCGUCUGGCCCUUGGGUUGAAUGCCUCUGGUCCUUUAAAUCUAGAAGAUGUUAAAAACGCAUAUCGAGCAUGCGCAUUCAAAUGGCAUCCAGACCGCCACCAGGGCCCAUCCAAGAUUGUUGCAGAAGAGAAAUUUAAGGCGUGCAGUGCUGCUUACCGAUUGCUGUGUGAUAAAAUGGCUCUCAACUAGUCAUUUUGCUGGUGCAGAAUUGACAUUUUUGGCUCUUCAACAAUGCGUCUCCUCUAAUUUUCUCUAUUUAUUUCUUUAGCUUACAAACUGUGUUACUAAUGCAAGAAUGCAAAUUUGAUAUCCUUGCGACCUUGCAUAAUACAUAGUAGUAACAUAUUUCUUAAACACUUUUCUUUUUUCAAUUACGUGGUAGGUGUUCGAACUUCGAAGGAUGUAAAAUAUGAGUGCAGAUCUGUUGUGAAUUGUGAUAUAUAGGCUAUAGCCCCCCAUCCCAAAUGACCAGCUCUUAUUUAAAUGUUGAUCUUUCUCUUAUGAGCAAAUAAAUAAAAAAGAAGAGAAACUAUUGAAUUGGCG